UGCAAGUGCAAGUGUGCAACGGCUCAAUGGAUGAAGUCCCCUUAAUACCCUUACGCAGUGAGGGAUGUGAUUACUUAAUACUCCACAAACCACAACCAUUCUCACUUGACUCACUCAGUGAGAGUGUGGGAUGUGAUUAGCAGAGGGAGGGAAUGGCUUACAUGUGUGCCGACAGCGGCAACCUAAUGGCGAUUGCGCAGCAAGUGAUAAAGCAGAAGCAGCAGCAAGAGCAGCAGCAGCAGCAGCAGCAACAACAACAGCAGCAGCAGCAACAAAACCCUCUCACGCCACUCUCCCUGCAUCCAAUUCCAUGGAACAACACUCCUCCACUCGGCUACCCUCUCCCUCCCUCCGAUUUCCCCGACCCCUUCCAGCCAGACCCCCCCUUCCACUUCUCCACCGCCCCAUUCCGCUUCUCCGACUUCGACUCCGACGACUGGAUGGACACCCUCAUCGCCACCCCCGCCUGGCACACCAAUGCCGACUUCCCCUCCGCCUCCGAUCUCAACCGCCUCAUCUUCCCCUCCCACCCGCCCCCUCCCCCACCGCAGGACCACCCUCUCCACUCCACCACCGCCUCCGACGCCGCACACCCCCUCCUCAACUGCGCCUCCCUCGCCGAAACCCAACCGGAUCAAGCCCUCGAAGCCCUAACCCGCAUCCGCAAAUCCGCAUCCCAACAUGGAACCCCCACGCAGCGAGUGGCCUUCUACUUCUGCCAGGCCCUCACCCGCAAGAUAUGGGCCCAAAAAGAGAACAAGCCCACAGCAGAAAACCCAACCACUUCGGAGGAGCUAACUCUCUCUUACAAAGCCCUCAACGACGCUUGCCCUUACUCCAAAUUCGCUCACUUAACCGCCAACCAAGCCAUCCUGGAAGCCACCGAAGGCGCCUCCAACAUCCACAUAGUCGACUUCGGCAUCGUGCAGGGGAUCCAAUGGGCCGCGCUCUUGCAGGCCUUCGCCACUCGGGCCUCCGGCAAGCCCAACAAGAUCAAAAUCUCCGGAAUACCCGCCAUCGCCCUUGGGCCCCACCCCGGCCCUUCUCUCUCCGCAACCGGCUACCGUCUCUCCGAGUUCGCGAAACUCCUCGAGUUGAACUUUGAGUUCGCGCCCAUUCUCACUCCCAUUCACCAACUCAACCACGCCAGCUUCAACAUUCACCCAAACGAGGCCUUGGCCGUUAACUUCAUGCUUCAGCUCUACAACCUCCUCGACGAGCCUCCCUCCGCCGUCGACACUGCGCUUAGGUUGGCCAAGUCGCUCAACCCUAAGAUUGUCACGCUUGGUGAGUACGAAGCUUCCUUGACACGUGUGGGCUUCGUGAACCGCUUCAAGACCGCGUUUAGGUACUUCUCCGCCGUGUUUGAGUCUCUCGAGCCCAACUUGCCGGCGGACUCGCCGGAGAGGUUCCAGGUGGAGAGUCUUCUUCUCGGACGGCGAAUCAAUGCGGUUAUUGGGCCUGGGCCCGUGAGGGAGAGGAUGGAGGAGAAGGAGCAGUGGAGGGUUCUCAUGGAAAGUGCUGGUUUUGAAUCAGUCAGUCUCAGCCAUUAUGCAAUUAGUCAAGCCAGGAUACUUCUCUGGAAUUAUAGCUAUAGUUCUCUGUUUUCACUCGUGGAGUCCACACCUGGGUUUUUGUCUCUGGCUUGGAAAGAUGUGCCUCUGUUAACUGUUUCUUCAUGGCGUUAAUGGGUUCUUCUCCUUCUUCUUCUUCUUCUUGUUGGUCUCAAUUAGAAUUGGAAAGGGUUUCCACCUGGUUCUUUUUUCUCUGGUGUGGAACAACUAAUUAUUAAUUAUUUGUCUAUAUGCAAUGGGUGAUCGAUCAUGCUUUGCUAGCUGAAUUGGCACUGCAACAAUUGAGGUUUUGGGGAGAGUUGCCACUUUUAGCACUUGGGUCAUACUAGUUCCACACCCCCUUUCUUUCUUACAUCCUUUUGUUUUCAAUUGGUUUUUCUUUUUUACUAGUGUUUUGAUGGGGCAAGGGUGUUAUUAGGUUCAAGACUUGACUAGGCAAACAAACUGUGAUCAGGGAAUGGAAAUAUAGGGACAAAUGGGAUGGAAAAAGCUUUCUUUCUCAUUGCUUCUAGUCAUUGUGACUCUGUAAAUUGGAUUUUGUUGUAUGGAUUUAAAUUGGUCUGAAGAAUAUCAAAGGAUUUUUAUCUUUACUCUUUGA